GCAGUGUAUCUGUCAACGCUCAGCUGUUUACAAUUCAAGCGUUGGUUUUUCCGCGCUUUUUCUGAUUUUUCCAAUAAAUUUCCUUAGUUUUUUGCAUUAUAUCUUGAAAAGAAAAUGCCAAGAGUUCACCUGAAGAGUGUCUACAGCUUUAGUAGUGAAGAUCCAGCUUUUCCUGCAUCGAAUCUUCUGAAAAAUCAGAAAUGGAGAAGCCAAGGAGUUGGCCAGGAAACGGAACAUGUCACCAUUGAACUCGAGAAGCCCACCACCAUUAGUGGCAUUGAUUUGGGGAAUGAAUCUUCCUGCUUUAUUGGUGUUUUUGUUGCCCGAAAGGGUCAAGAGAUGAAUGCAGAAAACUACCAGGAAAUCCUCUUAACUGCAUCCUUUAUGACUCCUAUAGAUUGCAGGUCACUUGAGAAUGUAAAUCGUGUGAGAUGUUUUGGGAAGGCGGCUCUAGUGGAGGACGUGGUGAAGGAGAAAUGGGAUUUUGUAAAGAUUGUUUGCUCGCAGCCCUUCAAUGCUCACACACAGUAUGGGUUGUCUUUCAUCACAAUCUACUCACCGGAAGAAGAAAUCAAGGAAGAGGCAAAAAAGCUCGAAAUAUCAUCACCACUCGGGAGAUUUGCUCUGCGAGAAGAAUCCCCGGAAGUUGAAGAGAGUGGGUCACUUUUCAAUAAGUGGAAACAGUCAAAUAAAGGAGACCAGCAGGCAGGCACUAGCGCAACCACCACAAUCAUGUCCCCAGCCUUAGCUAUUCGAAAAGCCUCAAAAGAACUUCUUGCAACCAAUGCAAAUGCCUCUACUACAGUAACUAAUAACAACAAUAAAGUUGAAAAUACCGAGAAUACCUCCUCACCAUUGCUGCAGCAGAAGACUCCACCUCCUCCCAGAAGAAAUCGUAUAAUCUACGACUCUGAGGAUUCAGAUGAAGACGAUGGAGUAUCAGCAGCGAAAAAGACUAAAAUAAAAGAAACUCCUAAACCAAAUAAACCUCAAGAAGCUCCUAAACCAAACAAGCCAAAAGAAACCACCAAGAUUGACCCAAUAAGCCCGAAAAAGAGAGUCACAUAUCAACCCUUUAGCAGGUUUCUAAGUGGUGUGAUAUACACAAUAAGCGGAAUUCAGAAUCCAGAGAGAGGAACUCUACGACAGAAAGCCACUGAAAUGGGAGCAAGGUACAAGCCAGAUUGGGAUAGUACCUGCACCCAUCUCAUCUGUGCCUUCAGGAAUACUCCAAAAUACAACCAAGUCCGCGGAUCAGGAAAGAUUGUUCAGAAGAAUUGGAUCCUCGAUUGCUACUCUAAACGAACACGCUUCCCAUGGCGUCGGUAUGCACUUGACCGGAAUGAAAGGGAUGAGUCUGAGAGUGAAGAUGAAGUCCACGAUGAGGCACGUCGUCCUGCUGGACAAUCUUCCACUGCUACAUCUACUUCGCGGAAUCGUAUUGUUGACUCAUCAGGAUCAGACACAGAAGAUGAAAUUCAGAAAGUUUUGGCAGAAAAGGCUUCAGAGAAAGAUAUUUACGACAAAACAACGGAAGAGGAGGACGAAGGACAUUCCUAAUUGUACAUAAUUGCAUGCUAUUCCUAAUUGUAAAUUGUUUAAUAAAGAUUAUUUUACUUA